UGAAUUUGUCAUGCUUCCACAGAAUUUGAUACAAGAAUUAUUUUGUUGUCUGUGUCUGCUUUAUUCGACUGCUAUCGGAAUUUGAACAAUCAAUUCUAAAUUUUUAAUUGAAAGUUAUAAAAUAGAUCACCUAAAAUAGAAAUGCUGAACUCAGGGAAAUUGAAAGAUAAAACAAUAUUCAUAACUGGAGCAAGUAGAGGAAUUGGUGAAGCAAUAGCUAUCAAAUGUGCCAAAGAUGGGGCCAACGUUGUUAUUGCUGCAAAAAGUUCAGAACCACAUCCUAAGCUUAGCGGAACGAUCUAUACAGCAGCCGAAAAAAUUGAAAAAGCUGGUGGUAGGGCUCUUCCUUGCAUCGUAGAUGUUAGAUACGAAGAUCAAAUCCAGAAAGCUAUAGAUGCAGCUGUCGAAAAAUUCGGUGGAAUAGAUAUAGUUAUAAAUAAUGCAUCUGCAAUAAAUCUGACUGGAACAGAAGACUUAGACCUGAAACGAUAUGAUCUUAUGCAGAAUAUAAACACCAGAGGCUCUUUUCUUGUAUCAAAAUUAUGCUUGCCUUAUUUGAAAAAAAGUGAACAUGCUCAUAUUCUAAAUUUGUCUCCUCCUUUGUCGAUGGAGCCUCAUUGGUUUGCUCCGCAUGUUGGUUAUACAAUAUCAAAAUAUGGGAUGAGUAUGUUAGUUCUUGGUAUGGCGGAAGAAUUUCAACCUUUUAAUAUUGCUGUGAAUGCUCUUUGGCCUCGAUAUGGAGUUCAAACUGCUGCUUUGGAGAUGUUGACCUCUAAAGAGAGUGCAAAAUAUGCCAGAAAACCAACAAUUAUGGCAGAUGCGGCUUAUGCCAUUCUGGUACAGGAUCCAAAGCAGCCAAAUUCUUCAGGCAAUUUUCACAUAGAUGAUGAGGUCUUAAAAAAUGAGGGUAUCACAGAUUUUGCGCAGUACUGUGUGGAUCCUAAUUAUAAAGAUCAACUGAUCAUAGACUUCUUUGUCAGCAAGUUAUAAUAUUUUUUGAUAGACUUUGGUUAGGGUUUUUAUUCAUACAAAAUUCUAUUAUUUUUUACUCGUUAUAGUUCAUUGUUGGUGCAUUUGUUAGAAUAAGGUUUUAUGAGAAUAUAUAUCUAUUUGUUCA